CACCUAUGCUUGAGGCAAAGUUGCGGGAGAUCAGUAAGGCGGCAUCAGUAUGAUAGUUCGCGUGUAAGGUUGCAUACAUUGCUUGCCGAAGCAGUAGCCAAGGACUUUCCUGGCGGAACAUCGGAGUUCGCUAAGCCCAAAACACAAAAUAUCUGCCUUACGCUAUAACGUACUCCUAGUUGAACUCACAGCGGCUUGUUUACCUGUGCGGCGUGCGCAUGUAGUUGUUACGCUGGCCGGCAUGGUCUAAGCUUGGAAAGAAUGGGGACUUCGAUUAGGUUUACACCGCUGAGUGGCGUAGGCGACGAGGAGCCGCUAUGCUACUUGCUGGAAAUUGACAAUUUUACCAUCUUGCUGGACUGUGGCUGGGAUGAGAGCUUUGACGAGGCGCUAUUGGAGCCCAUAAAACGGGUCCUCCCCCGUGUGGAUGCCGUACUGCUCUCCCACCCCGACCUAGCCCACCUGGGCGCGCUGCCGUACCUUGUGGGCCAGUGCGGCCUGCGCGCCCCCAUCUACUCCACCAAACCCGUCCGCCGCAUGGGAGAGAUGUUCCUCUUUGAAGCCUGCCUCUCGAAGCAGGCUGUCAGUGAGUUCUCUCGCUUCAGUCUGGACGACGUGGACUCCGCCUUCCGCCUCAAUCCCGCCUGGACGGAGCUGCGGUACCACCAGCGCCACGUCAUCCUGCCACCCGCCCCGGCUGCUGCUGGUGCUGCUGGUGCUGCUAGGGAUAGCAGUGCUCCGGUGGAGGGAGAGGAGGAGGAACUCGGGGGCGGUGGUGGAGGUGGAGGCGAGCGGGCAUCAGGGGCAGGGGCAGGGGCAGGGGCGGGAGGGGGUAUCUGCAUCACGCCGCUGCCCGCAGGUCGCUUCCCUGGGGGUGCGGUGUGGCGCGUGGGGCUGCUGGGCAGCGGGGAGGAGGUGGUGUACGCGGUGGACUACAACCACCGGAAGGAGAGGCUCCUGAACGAGACCACCUUCCACGAGCUGCUCUCCUCCUCCUCCUCCUCCGCCACCGGCACCUGCUGCCAGCCCGCGCUGCUCGUCAGCGACUGCCUCAACGCACUGGCACCCGUGGUGGACAGGAGGAGGCGGGACGAGGAGCUGCUGGACGCCAUCCGUGCCACGGUGGAGGGCGAGGGCAGUGUGCUGCUCCCCACUGACGCGGCGGGGCGGGUGCUGGAGCUGGCACUGCUGCUCGAUGAGCACUUCGCAAAGGCUAGGGUCGCCGCCACCCCCGUGCUGCUCUCCUCCACCAUCAAGACGGUGCUGGAGUUCGCCCGCAGUCAGCUCGAGUACUUUGGCAGCGAGAUGGCGCAGGCCUUCUCGCUCAAGCGCACGGUUCCCUUCUCCUUCCGCAAGCUCUCCGUAAUCACGCGGGUGGAGGAGCUGGGCGCGUUCCCUGGUCCCAAGGUGGUGUUGGCCACCAUGCCCUCCCUGGAGAGCGGCCCCGCGCGGCAGCUGCUGGUGGAGUGGGCGGCGCAGCGGCGCAACACCAUCAUCUUCACGGAGCGGGCGAAUGCCAACACACUAGCAGGCCAGCUGCAGCGCUACGUGCCCAGCAGCCCCGAGGGGGAGCCGCCGCUGCGGCUGCCGCUGCGACUGGCUCGGCGGGUGCCGCUGGAGGGGGAGGAGCUGGCCGCUUGGCAGGCGGCGCGGGCGGCGGAGGUGGCGGCGGCGGCUGAGGAGCGGCUGGGCGGGGGGGCCAUCGGCGGCCUGGACAUGCUCCUCACCCUGGCCCCCACCCCAAGCCUCACCGCCGCCGCCCGCCUAGCCGCCGCCACCCGCCUCUCCACAGCGGGCAGCCUCGCACUGCCCACCUCACCCGCCGUACUGCUAGCCUCUUCCGUACUGCAACAGCAGCAGCAGGGCGCAGGCCCCGCCGUAGCUGCUGCCGGCAGCGGUCCGGGCGGCGGGGGGCUGGGAGGCGGCGGCGGCGGCGGAGGAGGAGGCUUACAAGGCGUGCAUGUGGGAACUCCCUCCGCUGCUGCUGUCGCUGCAGCAGCUGCAGCUGCCCCGCAUGCGACCCCUGCAACUGCCCCCUUGAGAGCUAGCACGGGUUGCAUCAGCCGGCUGGUCCGGGAUGCGGCCACCGGGGCCAUUGUGCAGCAGCUGGUGGGGGGAGCCGGCGGAGGGGGAGUGACCCAUGGGUCUGCAGGAGCGGCAGCAGGAGCAGGAGGAGGAGCUGCUGCUGCGAUGAGGGCGGGGUGGGAUGCGGGGCUGCUGGUGGAUGGGUUCGAACCGCCAAAGGACGCCGCGUACCCGAUGUUCCCGGACGAUGACGAGGCGCUGUACACGCAGUGGGACGAGUACGGGGCCGUACUGGGCAAGGAUGAGUUCAGGGUUCCCAUGCUGUCUGAUGCACCGGCAGCGCUGGGAGGCGGGCGCCAUGAGGGCAUGGAGGUGGACGACGACGCUGGCUCCGCCGGCGGGGGCGAUGUGGUGUGCGACGAGGUGGACGAGGCGCCCAGCAAGCUGGUGGAGGAGGAGGUGGUGCUGGAGCUGCGGGCGGCGCUCAGGUUCUUCGAUUUCGAGGGCCGCUCCGACGGUCGGGCCAUGCGCGAGUACCUGGCCCGCGCAGCCCCCCGGCGGCUGGCGCUGGUGCACGGCAGCCCCGCGGCGCGAGCGGAGCUGGCGGGCGCGAUGCGGGCUGAGCUGGGGGAGUUCGGCACGGCGGUGUAUACCCCGGGUCUGCUUGAGCCGGUGGAGGCGCAGCUGGCGCCCAGCCACCUGGCUGCGUUGUCGCAGUCGCUGGCGGAAGGUCUGGCGGUACGGCAGGCGGGGCAGUACGGCGUGAGCUGGCUGGAGGGGGUGAUGGUGCGGGGGAGCGGCAGCAGCAGCGCGGCUCCGCUGCUGCAGAUUGAGCCACUCCCCACCGACUCCGGCUCCGGGCAAGGGCCUGCUGCUGCUGCCGUCCCACCCGGGGUGUCGGGUGCGGGUGCGGGCAGUGUGUUACUGGCGCAGGCGGGCAGCGCACUCACCCUGUCCAGACUCAAGGCAGCGCUGGCGGCAGCGGGCUUCGAGAGCCACUUCCCCAGCCGCGGGGUGCUAGCGGUAAUGGCGGGGGACGGGGCCGGCGGCGCGCUCAUCGUCACCCUGGGGGGCGGCGGCGGCGGCGGCCCCACCGCAGCGGCUGCGGGCUCUUCCUCCUCCCCAGCCGCCUCUUGUGAGCGAGCGCAGGUGGUUCUGGAGGGGCCGGCCAGCGAGGCGUUCUUCCGGGUGCGGGAGGUCAUAUACCAACAGUUCGGCGUGUGCUGAGCUGCUGAGACAACAGCAGCAGGUGGCUUGGUUUGGGUGCAUGUGUGUGUGUAGUUGAGUAGGACAGGAGCAAGCAAUGGGGAGAGGCCGCGAGUCGGAAGGUACUGUGAAUCUGUGAUUGUCGUAAAAUGAUGUGUAUGCGCUGUACAGCGGGGUACCGAUAGAGAUGCGUUUCAGCAGAGUUAAAGCGGAGGUAAAGAAGGGUAUGGCUACCGAUACCACAAGCCCGGCGGUGCGAGCACCACAAAAGGGUAAGGGGAGAAGCUAUGGAGCUGGUCGGCGAGCGGCGUCUGUUGGCUCGUCGGGGCUUGGCGUUUGCCUGCAGAUGCGCUUUGAGAAGGAAGACGUUGUGUGGUCCAGUGCUUGUGGCGCGGUAUGAGUGCGAG